UGCGCGCGUGUGAGGGAAACUCCCCUCUUUCAGGAUCCCUUUUCUUGCCUCAGCGGCCGGUGGCGGACGGGGAGACGCGAGAGGUGGAGCGGGGGAGAAGUUCUGCGGGUCUCGCCUUUUGUACCCAAGUCGGCAAGCCCGGGAUCUCCCCACCGCUUUAAGCCCUGCAGCCAUUCCGGCUGAAAUCUCUUUUUCCCCCGCUCCCCUUUUCUUUCAAAAGUUUUUUUCUCGACUUCGGACGCGCACUCAGAGACUUAAGAGGUGAACGGGAGAAAGGCAAGCGGGUGCUUUGCCGGCUUGAAAAGGGACUGUGGACCAGAAGAUCUCCCACCCAUUAGCCAGAAGAUUGGUGGUCGCCUUCCUACUGCUUCUUUUUAAUUUUCUUUUUAAAGACUUUUCAUCUGCGCGCCAAAGACUCCCGAUGCAAAUGCUAGCGCCGUUCCUCCUUUACGUGGUAGCCUGGGCCACUUUUUGCCUCCAGCAGCAGGGAUCCGCCGCCGGCAGCCAGAGCGGGUCUAUCAGAGCCUUGCGCGCCUCGAACCGGCGGCGAGAUGAAAGUAAUCAUCUCUCAGCCUUAUAUAAGAAAGAAGAGACCAUCAAUGUUUGGGAAAAUGGUUACAUCCAGAGCCCUCGUUUCCCACACAAUUACCCUAGAAAUCUGUUGCUGACAUGGAAGCUACGUUCACCAGGAAAUGCCAGAAUACAGCUGGUGUUUGAUCAUCAGUUUGGACUGGAGGAACCAGAGAAUGAUAUCUGCAGAUAUGAUUUUGUGGAAGUGGAGGAUAUUUCCGCAAUUAGCACUCUCAUCCGAGGACGUUGGUGUGGAUAUAAAGAAACUCCUCCCAAAAUAACAUCAAAGACAAACCAGCUGAAGAUCACCUUCAAAUCAGAUGACUUCUUUGUGGCUAAACCAGGAUUCAAGAUUUACUACUCCCUGGUGGAUGAUCUUCAGCCUGUUGCAUCUGAAACCAAUUGGGAAUCAGUCACAAGCCCGGUCUUGGGCAUUUCCUAUCGCUCUCCAUCAGUGACUGACCCCACGCUUACUGUGGAAGCCCUAGAUGAAACCGUUGCUGGGUUUGAUACUGUGGAGGAAUUGCUCAAACACUUUAAUCCGGAGACAUGGCGAGAAGAUCUGGAUCACCUGUACACAGAGAGCGCCCCACCUCGAGGCAGAAGUUUCUAUGAGAGGAAGUCGAAAGUUGAUUUAGACAGGCUGAAUGAUGAGGCAAAGCGUUACAGCUGCACUCCAAGGAAUUACUCUGUCAAUGUUAGGGAGGAGCUGAAGCAAAGCAAUGCCGUCUUUUUCCCUCGCUGCCUCCUGGUCCAGCGCUGUGGAGGAAACUGUGGUUGUGGAACGACAAAUGGGAAAUGCGCUUGUACGGCAGGAAAACUCGUGAAGAAGUAUCAUGAGGUAAGUAAAAUUUAUCCCCGAGCAGGUCAUCUCAGGAGGAGGGGCAAAACCAAGCACAAUAUGUCACUGAUCGAUAUUCAACUGGAGCACCAUGAACGCUGCGACUGUGUCUGCAGUGCGAGGCCACCGCGAUAAAAGCAGAGCGUCUGGUUUAUGCGCAACAUGAAAGGGAACUCUUUCUCUUGGGAGAAGGAGCUGUCCAUGCUGAUUUGCCCAGCGACCACCGAACUAUGCUAAAAGCCUGCCUUCGUAGCCUUUUGAUUUGAAGUGCUAAAUGCCAAUGACAGCUUACCCUUAAUAAAGCAGAUUGACAACUCUGAAAUGCAAAUCUGGGAUUGAGUUUAGAAAACGAAUGAACUCAAGGGCUGAAAGUUUUCAGGC